CGGGGCUCGGCCGAGAGCAAAUUUACUUUCUUAUUUUAUUACUCGUGUAAACAUUUUAGAUCGAUAUUAUCGGAUUAUUUACUUUCGUUGUGUAUCAUGUUUUUUUGAGGGACAAAAAUGGUGUUGCUACCGCCUUGCGUUCCGGACAUGUGCGGGAAAGAUUUCCGGGCGACUUUGAAGAAACCGAGCCCGAAUUAUCCUCACAAAACGAAGAAGUACCGAUUGGUGCCGGCGUUCACGAUACAAGCGAUGCAGAAAAACACAAAGGUCAUCCCUCCCCCGAAAUGCAGCGUGUUCGACCCUUUGCCGCCGAAGUCGACAAUGUUCAGGAGCUGCUAUCAAAGAGGGGAGUUCCCCGUCUGUAUCGAGUUCACUACGUACGGGAAACGGCUCAACUGGAAGGUACCGAUCGAGAAGUUGGAUUUUCACCAUUAUCUUCCAAUGUUUUUCGACGGUCUCGCCGAACCGACUUACCCAUUCAGUUUUAUCGUAGAACAAGGAAUAAACGACCUAGUCACUAAAGGCUCUUACAAAAUACUCCCAGUGGUACCUCAGCUGAUCAUACCGAUCAAAAACGCGCUGGCUACGAAGCGGCCCAACGUGAUCUGCCACGCGCUGCGAUGUGUGCAGAUGAUUGUGACGGGCUGUGACAAGGUGGGCGAGGCACUAGUGCCCUACUACAGGCAAAUACUGCCCACACUUAACCUCUUCAAGAAUAGAAAUACCAACAUCGGCUCCAAUAUCGAUCACACGGCCAGCAGAGGUGAGAACGUGGCGGACAUGAUCGAAGACACGCUCCAGAUACUGGAGCGGUACGGCGGGCCCGACGCGUUCAUCAACAUCAAAUACAUGAUACCCACCUACGAGUCCUGCGUGAUGAACUGAGGCCUGCUAUCUUUUGUAUCAGACGUGGUAUUAACAAAACAUACACAGUGUGAACCUUGAAGA